AUGUACGGGCUCCGCUCCUUUCUGUUAUUCUCUCUUGCUCUCCUGCCCCGGGUUUCGCUGGCCAUGCCAGCUGCUCGCUCGGCAAACGAUUCCCGUCCUGUUGAGCCCGUGCAUGAUCCUUUUUAUCUCCCUCCUGAAGGCUUCGAAUCUUCACCUCCCGGGACAAUCCUGCGGUCCCGAGAACCUCCCUUCCCAAUUGCUGCCUUCAGUAUUGCCAAGGUCAACCUGGCGUCGGCGCAUCAGCUUCUGUUUAGAAGUACCGAUUCUUUUGGAAAGCCUGUUGUGGCUGCCUCCACGAUCCUCGUCCCUCAUAAUGCCGACUAUACCAAACUUCUGUCUUACCAAGUAGCUCAGGAUGCAGCCAGCCCGAACUGCGCUCCCUCUUUCGGACUACAACUCCAUGCUGCUCACGAUAACUUCCUCGGUCUCAUCAUGCCCCAAGCUGAAAUCCUCUUCCUGAGCUCCGCACUGGGCAAGGGAUGGAUCGUGACCAUCCCCGACCACCUUGGAACCAAGUCCGCCUUCCUGGCAAACAACCUCUCCGGGCAUAUCGUGCUCGACAAUGUCCGCGCUGCACUGCAGUCCUGCCACAUCACGGACAUCGCAGCAAACCCGACCAUCACGCUUUGGGGCUACUCCGGUGGCAGCCUGGCCAGCGGAUUCGCCGCCGAACUGCAGCCCACGUAUGCUCCCGAGCUGAAGAUCGCCGGUGCUGCUCUCGGCGGCACCGUGCCCGAGAUCCUGCCCGUCAUCAAGACCGUCAACAAGGGUUUCUUUGCAGGCCUGGUCCCCUCCGGAGUCCAGGGCCUUGCCAACGAGUAUCCCAAGAUCGAGCAACUGAUCAACGACAACGUUCUGCCCUCUAAGCUCGAGGACUUCCGCAAGACCAAAGACUACUGCUUGACGGAGGACCUGCUGCACUAUCUCAACCACGACAUCUACACUUAUGUAAACAACACGGAGAUCUUCGAGGGGCCGGAAGCGACUAAAGUGCUGAAGGAGAAUGCGAUGGGUCAGCACACGCCCAAGGUGCCUGUUCUUGUAUACAAGUCGCUCAACGACGAAGUCAGUCCCGUCAACGAUACGGAUGCGCUGGUCACGAAGUACUGUGAUGGCGGUGCCGACGUGGAGUAUAAGCGCGAUACGCUGUCGGAGCACGGAGCCAUGGAGAUCGUCGGUGCUCCUGAUGCCAUUAUAUGGCUUACUGAUCGCAUGAAUGGCGUUCCUGUCAAGCAGGGCUGCCAUAACUCGACUGCGCUGACUAGCUUGACGGACCCCGGUGCUAUCGGUGCGCUUGGUCAGGGCAUUAUCGACAUUCUGCUGAUUUUGCUGGGGGCGCCAUUGAAGCCAAUUGCUUAG